AUCUCCUGCGACGGGACUGAAACACAUUCGUUCGUAGUCAUGCCAAAGCGCAAGCGAGGCGACGAUGUUGAGCCUCACGAUUAUGAAGAACGUGAAGUGCAAGAGCGCCGACGGACUGUGCGACACAAGCUAAAGCAAGGCAUCGUGCAUCUUGGUCAUGCCUUCAAGAUCGCAAAGGGCUUCGAGCGACAGAAGCUGGGUCGAAGGCGAAGAAAUGCCACAUCGCAGAAGGACAACAGCGAGGCGGACGUACAGCGCAUCGAUGCUGAGAUUGUUGCGUUGAAGGCACUUGAUAAUGCGACUUGUGCUCAUGUGUACCUCUACAAGACGUUGUCGAGGAUCAAGGCUAUUGCUCAGUCGCCAUUUCUGCCAGAGGAUGUUCGUAAGCCGGUCACACUUUUCUCGGACGUUGCAGCUCUGAAUGUGCAUGCACGACUAUGCAAUUCGAACCCGGUCAAGGAUGCGCUGCCGCCUGUUCUCAACGACGUGCGGCGGACAAUGAGUUUGGAAGUACCGAUACAGAACGCGCAAACCAAGACGAAGAGAGUGCGAGCCAGCGACUCCCGUGAGGCGCCCGCAUCGCUCGAUGGCAAGCGUGCCCCAGGCCAGAAGCCCUUAAGACGUGAUGUGGCCGCCUUAUCUGGAGCUCCUGCUGUUGGCGACGAAGAGAAAGUCGGGCAGACGGUCGGCGACAUAGCUUCGGAGAGCGAUCUUGACGAAUACAAUGACCGCUUAGCGUCGUCCGGAGACGACGAGUAUGAAGCCGGUGGGUCUGAUAUUGAAGACAUAGAGCGUCAGCUGGAGCAGGAAGGCAUUACCCGUAAAUCCAGCAGACCUUCCCAAGCCCGUUAUGACCACGCGGCAGACAUGGCCGUUUCCGACGACGAAGACGCCUCCAGUGCCUCGCCAACACUGGAGCCGCAGAAGGCACCUGCGCCAAAGAAGAAGUCCGCUUUCUUGCCUUCACUUUCCAUGGGUGGCUAUAUAUCCGGAUCUGGCUCUGAUAUUGACGACGAUGAUAUUAAUGGACCACCGAAGAAGAACAGACGCGGUCAACGCGCUAGACAACAGUUAUGGGAGAAGAAGUUUGGCGCACGCGCUAAGCAUCUACAGAAGCAGGUGCGCGAUGCUGGAUGGGAUCCGAAGAGGGGUGCAACGGACGGCAAGGAGCCGCGAACGAAGAACAAGAAGAUCGCUGAUGUUUCAAGAAGGGGUGGGAGAAGUACCGACCGUGUGAGAAGCGUCGCCAAACCAAUCGACAACGGUGUGAACAAGAAGCAGAAAGAUAACAGUGGACCUAUACAUCCGAGCUGGGAAGCCGCGAAGAUGGCGAAGCAGAAGACAGCAGCUCCUGCUGCGUUCAAAGGCAAGAAAAUCACGUUCGACUAGGCAGGAUGGUGAGGCAGCUCGGUCUCAUAGUCGGCUGCUAGUGGAAAGACAUUACGCGGCUGUCAGUGGCACAGCAACUGCUGUACCAGCAAACGCAUUUCGGCCAUUGGUCCCACAUACACCUCGCAUCAGGUCCGAGAUACGGCGAAGAGGUAGGUGCCGCAUAACGGGGAAAAUGUGCAACGGCGGCCGAUUGCGCCACACAAUUGACCAAUCAGAGACACUUGACCCUGAAUAUGCUAACAUAUAAGGUUCGUACCGCUUG